AUGUCGACGUCUUCGGGAACGCCCGAGUCCUGGAUCUCCAGCUUUUGCGCUCUGCCGGGCCACGAAUACUUUGCUGAGGUUUCCGAGGAGUUUAUCGAGGAUGACUUCAACCUGACGGGUCUGCAGACCCAAGUUGCCAUGUAUAAGGAGGCGCUUGAGAUGAUCCUUGAUGUCGAGCCUGAGGAUGAUGAGGAUGAAGAGGAGGAUGAAGAAGAUGAGGAUGAAAACGAAUCGGGAGAGGAGGCCGAUCGCGCGGGCGCGCGACACGGCGCAGAGCGGCGACAUCAUAGCAGGAUGGCUAGCGACCUAUCCGUCAUCGAAUCAUCAGCAGAGAUGCUCUACGGCCUCAUCCACCAACGAUUCAUCUGCUCGCGCGUCGGCAUCCAGCAAAUGAGCGAGAAGUACGAGUUUGGCCAUUUCGGAUGCUGCCCUCGAACACACUGCGAGCAGGCGCGCACCUUGCCUGUUGGCCUGUCCGACAUUCCCGGUGAGGACACGGUCAAAUUAUUCUGCCCGUCGUGUCUCGACGUUUAUGUUCCACCUAACAGUCGGUUCCAAACUGUUGACGGCGCUUUCUUCGGUCGCACAUUUGGAGCUCUCUUCCUCCUUACUUUCCCCGAAUACGAUCUCACCAAGCGUGGUGCCGAUGUGUUGUCAAGCACCAACUCCAAGGUGCCCGACGACGAGAGCAUUCUCAACGGCAUGUUUGCCAAGAAUAUUGCACCCGGACUUGGCGGUGGACACAUCUACGAGCCCAAGAUUUACGGGUUCAAGGUCUCAGAGCGAGCGAGAUCAGGCCCCAGGAUGCAGUGGCUACGAGACCGACCAGAAGUUAUCACCGACUUGGAUGAGGCACGGCUUUACCACGAGCAGAACCCCGACUCUGACGAGGAAGAGGACGAGUCCAUGGCUAACGGCCGGGCACUGGUCCGACGGCGACCACCUGGCAACGCUCGCCUUCGCCAGCGACCAAAUCACAGUGGUAGUCCUAUGGCUCUGUCCGCCAACGGUGCCGAGUCUGAGCUGUAG